GGGUCGCUAUAGCAACACGGCUCACUGACCAGCGGUCGCCAUUUCUGUGGUAACAGGACGCCAUCUUUGUUGUCACAUUUUCCAACAUGUCGACUUUCGGGAGGCCGAAGGGAACCCGCUCCGCCUCGCCUGUGCGAAGCAGCACGGCAGGCAAUUUGAGGCGCUCUGGCAGUUUUGGGAAAUCUGGGCGAUCGCUUGCCGCAUCACUAGAUGCAACGGCUGCUAGGAACCAUACUCGCUCAUCUACUGCCGACAUGGGAAAUAUUGAGAAUGAGUACAUCAGGAACCUUCAGCAACAGGUGUACUUCCUAGAGCUUGAAGCUAAUUAUCUUCGUGACCAAGCUAAAAAAGCCACUGUAAUCCCCCCACGUGUGACAGAAGAAGCGGAUCGCAUGAUGCGCAAGCUACGGGAUCUUCAGGCUCAGCUUGAGGAGAGAGGAAGUGAACUAAGUCGUAGAGAGUCAAAGAUCCUUAUGUUGGAGGCUGAAAAGGACACAGCAAUAAAGAGGAUGCGUGAUUCUGAAGAGGAGCACGCAGCAGAGAAGAGACAGCUUGUAAAUGAGAUUGUGUCACUGAAAAAGCUUAGAGAUAUGAGUGAGCGUGAUAGCACUCGCAAAGUUCUUCAGGCUCAACAGUUCAAGGCAGAAGCAGAAAAAGGACUCACUUCACUACAGGAUGCAGAACGAAGAAUACAGAACUAUAGGGCUGAGCUUGACCGGAAGUCCGAAGACUUCAACUCCCUACGAAUUGAACUCGAGGAGAAAAGAGCAGAGUGCCUUAGACUGAAAACCCAGCUACAAGAAAUGGAUGAUCGCUAUUUUGAUUCCCAAGCCAAGACCAAAGAGCAGCUUAGUAGGGAGUUACGGGAAGAAAUCCGUCAACUUCGAUUACAAUUGAAAGAAAAAGAGCUCAAUUCAGAACGAGACCGUAGCCUCAGAAACAAGGUGCAAGAUGACUGCACAGCUUUGAUAAAAGAGAAUGCGGCGCUUGCGGCACAAGUCGUGGAGCUACAGAAACACAUAGAUAUGGACCGCGCUCAUCGAGACGAGAAAGACGUGCGUAGGCACGCGAACAUCCAGGAACUUAUCUCCACAAAAGAGAAUGAAAAACAGUUGAAAACAGAACUCGAAAAGACUCGUGAACUUCUACGACUUGAGCAGUCAGCGCUGAGAGACGCGUUAGAUAAGCUUUCCAGAGAGGAACAAGCCUCGUUAGAAGCGAAUCUCCGCCGUACACAGCUUCGAAAUGAGCUGAGUGAAGUUGAACUCUUGCAAGACUCGACCGCCAACGAAAACGUUUCGCUAAAUCGCGAUAAGCUGCUGCUUUCAGACGAAGUGACUAGUUUACGAGCAAGGCUCGACGAGAAAGACGACGAACUCGACAGCAUGCGUUUGAGACUGGAGGAAGCCGAGGCGCGCAAUGCGCAAUUGGAAGGCAAAGUCCGCAUGCAAAGAAACCUCGAGUCCAUCAAAUGGGAAGAGUUCGAAAAGCUGGCCACCACCAUGAAGGCUUUCUCGCGAAACAUGAGCCCGGCAAAGGCUGACUUGGACUACAACUAGGGCAGGAUUACAUGCAGACUAAGCAUGAUAAUAUCCCGUGACAUUUAAAACGUGAUAAAUUCAUGACUUGGAGUACUAGGGCGGGAUUGCGUGACAGACUUAUAUCAGACCGAUUUCGCAUGACAAUUAUAGUGUGGUAAUUGUUUAGCGAAAUUCUCGGGUGACAUCCGUUGCACGACGAGGAUUAUUUCGUAAUGUGUAACUGAAGGAGUUCGUGCUCGCCAUGGUGACGUCAUGGUUACCAUAGUUUCGUGGCGAAAUUGCGCAGUGAACGUGUCUAUGUAAAACAGUUAUUCGACACAGAAAGCUGAUUCCUGUAUAAUGAUUAGAUUGCGUGACAGUAAGAAUGUGUUAUCAUAGUUACGCUGAUACGCUUCUUCUAAAAGCGAUACAGGAACCAAAUUUACUGUGUUGCAAAGAAAUCUGAUUCCUGUAUCUUGAUUAGAUUGCGUGACAACAAUUGUGAAUUAUCAGAAUUACGCUGUAUCUUGAUUAGAUUGCGUGACAACAAUUGUGAAUUAUCAGAAUUACGCUGUAUCUUGAUUAGAUUGCGUGACCACAAUUGUGACUUAUCAGAAUUACGCUGUAUCUUGAUUAGAUUGCGUGACCACAAUUGUGACUUAUCAGAAUUACGCUGUAUCUUGAUUAGAUUGCGUGACCACAAUUGUGAAUUAUCAGAAUUAAGCUAUUAGCUUUCUUCAAAAAUCGAUACAGGGACCAAGUUUACUGUAUUGCAUCAUCGAUUUAUACUUUUACAAGAACUGUGUGGUAAACAGGCCAGACUUGCAAAGAGUGGCGGUGUAUGUGUCAGUAGAGCAAAAUAUAUGUCUAUUUUAUUCCAAUUUGCAAACUAGUUUCUUAUUUUAAUGAAGCAACUUUAACAGUCUUCUACCUUAAAUAAAUACAUCCUGAUAUAUAAUAUAUCGAUUUUAAUGUUCUGGAUUAUACAAACUACUUUUAAUUAAAAAAAUUCUUACGUGUA